ACAUCCUUCCAACCGACCCUUCAUUUCUUCUCUUCCUUCUAUAAAGGCAACAAAGGUCUCUUGCUUAAAAUCUGAAUUUUUUUUAGACACAAAUCAUUGUAGACUGCUAAUGUCUGUUUGAGUUGAGUUGUGCACUCCCCUGAAAAUCCUUUUCAAAAGGCAACUUCUUUUUUCCACUCCUAUAAUCUCCAAUUCAUUUUCUUUUUUCUUUUGGGGGGGCUUCACUUUUUAAUUUUUUAAUCUUCAAGGCCUACAAUAGGGGAUGCCACUAGCCUUAUAGAGUGGCGGUUUUUGUCUAUCUAGCUAUUCUUGUUAUGUGCAAAUGGUAGUAGCUCAAGGUUCUAUAUAUAUGUGUAUAUGUGUGUUCACUUGUUGUGAAUUCAACAACUGAAGCAGGGUGUUACUACUGUCUUGAAGUCUGUUUUUUGGGAGCACCAAUGGCUUUAUUCAUGGCAGUUCUUGGUGUUGUUGCCUUGGUGCUCUGUUUUUGCUCUGCUCUCUUGAAGUGGAAUGAAUUGAGGUAUAGGAGGAAAGGUUUGCCUCAAGGCACAAUGGGGUGGCCUGUUUUUGGGGAGACAACUGAGUUUCUUAAGCAAGGUCCAAGCUUCAUGAAGAACAAGAGGGCAAGGUAUGGCAGUUUUUUCAAAUCCCACAUCCUGGGGUGUCCUACCAUUGUAUCCAUGGAUCCAGAGCUUAAUAGGUACAUACUCAUGAAUGAAGCAAAAGGGCUUGUUCCAGGGUACCCACAAUCCAUGUUAGAUAUCUUAGGCACACGCAAUAUUGCAGCUGUUCAUGGCUCCACUCACAAGUACAUGAGAGGAGCACUUCUUUCAAUCAUUAGCCCCACCUUGAUCAGAGACCAGCUUUUACCAAAAAUUGAUGAGUUCAUGAGAACCCACUUGAGUGAUUGGGAUAACAAAGUCAUUAACAUCCAAGAGAAAACUAAAGAGAUGGCAUUUCUCUCUUCCCUGAAGCAGAUUUCUGGUAUGGAAUCCAGCUCAAUAUCCCAACCCUUCAUGACAGAGUUCUUUAAACUUGUUUUAGGAACUCUAUCUUUGCCUAUUAACCUUCCUGGCACAAAUUAUCGCCGUGGAUUGCAGGCAAGAAAGAGUAUUGUCAGCAUUCUUAGUCAGCUGCUAGAGGAAAGGAAAACAUCUCAAAAGGGCCACGUGGACAUGCUUGGUUGCUUGAUGAAUAAAGAUGAAAAUCGAUACAAACUAACUGAUGAGGAAAUCAUUGAUCUAAUUAUUACAAUUAUGUAUUCUGGUUAUGAAACUGUUUCAACCACAUCAAUGAUGGCAGUGAAGUACCUCCAUGAUCAUCCCAAAGUUCUUGAAGAAAUCAGAAAAGAGCAUUUUGCCAUUAGGGAAAGGAAAAAUCCCGAGGAUCCAAUUGAUUGUAAUGAUCUCAAGUCAAUGAGGUUUACUCGUGCGGUGAUUUUUGAGACCUCCAGAUUAGCUACGAUAGUUAAUGGGGUUCUAAGAAAAACAACUCAUGACAUGGAACUAAACGGCUAUUUGAUUCCUAAAGGGUGGAGGAUAUAUGUAUAUACGAGAGAGAUCAAUUAUGAUCCAUUUCUGUAUCAUGAUCCACUAACAUUCAAUCCAUGGAGAUGGCUGGGUAACAGUCUAGAGUCACAAAGCCACUUCUUGAUAUUUGGAGGAGGGACCAGACAAUGUCCAGGGAAGGAGUUGGGGAUAGCAGAAAUUUCCACUUUCUUACACUACUUUGUAACCAGAUACAGGUGGGAAGAAAUAGGAGGAGAUAAACUGAUGAAAUUUCCUAGAGUUGUGGCACCAAAUGGACUGCACAUAAGGGUCUCGUCUAACUAACUAGGCUUUGUGCAUGUACAGUAAUGAGAUAUGAGAUAUAGGAAUAGUAGGGGGUUUUAUUUUUUGUAUGAUAAUAUGUUCUAACAAAGUAGAAAAGUCAAUGAAAUUAGCUUCUUUCUUCUCCUCA